CUGCUACAAGAUGCCCAGCGAUCGCCUUCUGGGCACGUUGCUGAGGCAUUUGCAGAUCUAUACAGAUCAGCAAGAUACUCCAAGGCUCUUCGGGACCGCGUCGUCUCUAUUGACCAGUCUGAAUAACCCAUUAAACGUCACGCUCUUGACAAGCCAGCUGCUCUCCGCUCCAGCAAUAUGGACCGCUCCAGAAGGAUUGCGAUCGUGCAUGCGAAUGAUCAGCGUAUUCCAUGCUGCCGCACAAGCUCUGAUCAAACAUGAGAAUGCCGUGCGAGACAAAGUGCCUGAUGUAGAAUUCUCGCAACUGCAGCACGAGCGAACUUUAGCCAAAGAAGACUGGAUCCAGGCGGUCAUUGGUGGUGCUGACGAUCACUCGCCUCGAUGGCGGCAUUUACUGGCGAUUUCGGGACUGCUCCUGGGGUUUGGAGCUCCGGAGGAUGAAAAUAUAUCUCUCAAUAUGCGAAACAAGCUCGAGAGUGCUCUGGUCACUGCUGCUAACCUCUCUUUGGAGGAAAUACAGGAUGGCGACGAGUUGGCGCAGGGAGGCAUUACGCUCGUGUUAAACCACUGCUUCCCUGUCUUGACAAACUAUGAGCGAUCGAAGCUGGCGUACGAUCUGUUGUUGCCGGUACUCAUGAAAACCACUUUCUAUUCGAGUGAAGGGCUGCAGUCGGCCUACUUCCUUGGAGCACUGGAUCAAGACAUACAGGUAGCAGGCAGUGGCAAGUUAAGCUGGUCAGAACAGUCGCAAUCAUACCAACGGAUCCAGCAUUUAUCAUCGGGGCCGUUGAUCAAGUCGCUCGGGCCACUAGCGAGACUGGUUGGACAUACGAUAGAACAGGUCCGAGAUCCUUGGCUAGUCACAGCAGCGCUGGAUGAUCUCAGCAAUUUCGCGAGGACAGUCAUCACGCAAUGGAGGCAGAAUAGGCUAUGUGGCGUCGAGACUUCCGAACAGUCCAAAUAUCUGGAUGAGAACACCAUCACCACGACGUCGCCAGCAUUGUUCCGCUUACUGCAAUCCGUCCUGUUCUCCGCCGUCAUCAUCAUGCGAAGUGGUCUCGGUCGUGUGCUCGGAGAUUCCACGCUCGCGAGCGAUGAUCUGGCACCCAGUAUUGCACAACAGACCCUGCAUAUCCUUCGCAACUUGUACUUUAUCACCACUCGACAAGGUGCAUCGACGUUCUCGCAGUACAACUUUGUGUACUAUACCGCAAUGGACAUCCUCAGCCAAUACCCUGGCAAAGUAGAGGCCUUUUUGCGAGCCACCCACCCACCACAGAUUGGAACUGUUGCACAUCACCCUCUCGAUCGGACCCUCGACCUUUUCUUCCUCAACACGGUCGAACAUUUCACGCUGAUACUACCUACUCAUCUCACGGCGGAUAUCAUCGUCCCUGUUGUGACAUCGUACCUUGCUGCUGGCGGCAAAGGACCCCUUCUACCCGUCUUCGAAGCGGCGCACAGCGUGACACUCGCUGUUUUCUCCGCGCCACAAAAUGCUCAAGCAACGAUUGCCAAUCUUCCCUUCUACGUGGAUUCCCUCUUUCGAGUGUUUCCCUCCAACCUCUCCGCGCGCCAAUUCAGACUCGCAUUCAAGGCGCUCCUCAAGCUGACUUCUCCCCCAUCCGCCCUCGCUGUGGAACAACCCAUGAUGCCCGCCGUCCUCCUCGACCUACUGCACGACCGAGCGCUACGCGCAGAAACCACACCCAUACCGAUCCACCCGGGCACUCCCGAGGGAUCCACCGAGUCUCCCAUGCCAUUAUCCGAACAAACCGUUCUCACGCUCACCGUCAUCGACGGUUUAACGCAAGUUCCCCUCGACCUUCUCGACGAAUGGCUACCCAUCACAGCGGACAUGAUCCACGACAUCCAGGAUGGGAAUAUGCGAGAACAUAGCAAGCAGCACUUUUGGCACAUUCUCGUCGAGAGUGGAGAGCUGGAUCCCGAACGCAGUCGUGUCUGUCAUGCGUGGUGGAGUACGGGAGGUGGGAAAGAAUGGGUCUUGUAUGGUAGAGAUGAGGCGGCGUUGAUGAGUGGUGGACUCGAUGGUGGGGGGAUGGCGGAGAGUAAGCUGUGAGAAGAUAUGAUAUAAUAUUAUUUAGGUAUGCAUAGAGCAGGAAGUCUGAA